AUGUACAUUUUUGUGUGUCCGUCCGUCCAGAGGUCACACGGGCGGUGUGUGUCCGUCCGUUCCAGAGGUCACACGGUGAGGGCGGUGUGUGUCCGUCCGUCCAGAGGUCACACGGUGAGGGCGGUGUGUGUCCGUCCGUCCAGAGGUCACACGGUGAGGGCGGUGUGUGAGUCCUUCCACUUCUCCAAAGACGCAGGUUUCAAGGUGGUGUCUCACAUGAUGCCUGACCUCCCUAACGUUGGUAUGGAGAGAGACGUCCAGCAGUUCAUAGAGUUCGUUGAGAACCCAGCGUUCAGGCCAGAUGGGUUGAAGCUGUACCCCACCCUGGUUAUCAGGGGUACAGGUCUGUAUGAGCUGUGGAAGACCGGUCGCUGUAAGAGCUACUCCCCCUCUGCCCUGGUAGAUCCCCUGGUAGAUCCCCUGGUAGAUCGCAUCCUGGCACUGGUGCCCCCCUGGACAAGAGUCUACUGCGUUCAGAGGGACAUCCCCAUGUUUCUGGUGAGCUCUGGAGUGGAGCAUGGUGACCUCCGAGAGCUGGCUCUGGCCAGGAUGAAAGACAUGGGGACGGAGUGUCGAGAUGUGAGAACAAGAGAAGUGGGAAUCCAGGCGAUCCAUCACAAAGUGCGUCCCUACCAGGUUCCAACACCAGGGCUUUGGGAUGAUGCUGAUGGAAGCAGAGCGGAUCGCCAGAGAGGAACACGGCUCCGGGAAACUAGCCGUCAUCUCAGGUGUGGGAACUAGGAACUACUACAGGAAGAUGGGUUAUGAGCUGCAGGGACCGUAUAUGGUGAAACACACCUGGAGGUGUCUGUAGUCAGACUGGGGAAUGAAAACCUGUUUUAGUAUCAUGUCUUGUGCGUGUAUUGGUAAAACAAUAUCUUUAUUUAUUACUAGUAUGUGUUUGUUACCUUGGAGACGCUGCAGAGUACAUGAACGACAAUAUGCUUGUGGUAUCAGAGGGCAGAGGGAAUUGGUCAGCUGAUCCUAGAUCACUUCUACCCAGAGUGAGUACAGCAUACCAGUCUUAAAGAGCUCAUUGCCAAAGUAUCCUUUUAUCUACUGACCCAGAGUCAGAUGAGGCCCUUUAUCUACUGACCCAGAGUCAGAUGAGGCCCUUUAUCUACUG